GCGUUCACAUCGUGUGUAUAUGCAUUAUAACUUUUAUCUUUUAUCUUCAAACUGUACAUUGUUUCAAAUCGUCAAUUAAACCCUGUCGCCCAAUUAAAUGUAUUACGAAUUCAACCUCGCGUGUGUUGUGUAAGUGUGUGAAAAUCAGUGUAUGACUCGAAAGUGAGGUUAAGUCUCCAUUGACAAAUUUAACACGCUAUAUUCGCGAAAGUUUCCCGCCACAGCAGCCGGUGAUAUUUCGUCCCCACGUGUUUUUAAAAUACAUAUUCGUGAUAUUCAUAAAGUUAAUCCAGGAAUCAUGAGCUACUACUUCAAAACCCUCUUGAAAUUUAUCACGUUUCUCACCUUUCGACUGAGACACUAAAGCGGAACUAUAACAAAGUUUGCCGUCGGAAGAAGCUGGAUGCGAUGAAUACUGUUUGAACUUUGAAAUAAAUAAGUAAACACUCCUGCCUCUGCAAACUAGUUGUGUUUGACGACAAAUAUGAAACAGUGCGACCAAACCGGCACGUAGAUAUCAGACCGGUUGUUCUCGCGUCGGCGAACCUUUUUCUCUGAUUUUUUCAGGCGUGAGGAUUGUGGGAAGUACCAAGAUUGCUAUCUAUUCGAUCAGCCUGCUGAUUGGUGGUUAGGAGUUAUGUUGAAGUAAAUCUAAGAAAAUAUGAAAACUCGAGCAUUCUGUCUUGUUUUGUGUGGACAAAAUUGACAGAAUCCGCAUUCACGACAGGGUUUCUCCGACCACACACCCUCACACUUUUUAGAAUUCUGAGAACCCUAUUUCUUUUCAUUAUGAACGUCGGUAGAGAUUCCGGGAAAAUGGCAGGCUCACGCGUCCUUAUGUUUGUUCUUUUGACAGUAGUUUUCAGUGAGUGUUUGAGUAAUGAACUCAAGGACUAUUGUAAUAUGCAUAGAUUUGAAAAUUUGCCAGGAGGCCUCAGGUUUACCAAAGAGGUCGUUACCACGGAAUUUGCAACCGUCAGUUCUUUCAAGGCUAUUCAUUGCUGUCUGCGGGGUUAUAGGAGCAUAGAAUGGUUCAAAGACAACAGGGCAUAUCCCUGGCCAGGUGGAGAAAGUCAUUUUAUCUUAUAUCCUGAGAGUGCGAAUCAGACAAUUUAUACUCAGGAGGUCAGGGCGUCAGAUGCAGGACGCUACUCCUGUCAAGCUAGAAACGAUACUACCACCUUGGAAGCUGACAUCACUCUCGCAAUUCUUGGUGAGGACUCAGGUGGAUACACUGGAAGACCAUUGCCGACCUUUAAGCCAGCUUCUCAAUUAGUUCCUCUUGGAGGGACUGCCAGACUCUUCUGCGAGGCUUAUCUUGGUAGAGUCGGUCUUCCUGAUGCCAGGAACUCUGUGACCUGGUCCAAAGCAGACAGCAACAUCACUCUUCCCAAUCACGGAAGGGUAUCUCAGCACAGAGUUUCUCGAGAAGAGGACCAAAUCGUGGGAUCCUAUUUAGAUAUAGAGGAUAUCAACCUAGAGGACUACGGCGAAUAUACUUGCGAAGUUAGCAAUGGAGUCGACGAAGAGAUCACUUUACCAGCUCACGUUUACCGGCAAGAACCACAAUUCACGCUGGGAUUACCAAACGGGUCAUGGAGGAAAUCCCUUCUCCUUGCGGUGCUAGUUCUGAUCCUCCUGUGUUCAGCGGGUGCUUUUUACGCUCGGUGUUGGCUGCCCUUGGCGCUCCUCUGCCGAGACAAAUUCGCUCCUCUCGAGGAAAACGAUGGAAAAGAAUGCGAUGCUUUGGUCUGCUACCACGAAAAAGAUUCUAAUCUGAUUGUCGGUAUAAUAAUCCCUACCCUGGAGACAAGACAUCGAUACAAGUGCUCCAGCUUGGAACUUUCGAACCUGAGCCAUAAUUGGUCUUCGGAAAUUGCGCCACACGCAGGAACAGCACGAAGAGUCAUUUUGGUCCUCAGCCCAUCAUCUUUGAGUAACAACUGGUCAGAUUCCAGUGUCGUAUCUGUUUUCAAACAGUUGUCUACACUUUCGAGCAGAACGAUUGUCGUCACUUUGAAAAAUCUUCCGAAUCUGACGACGAUGGCCAAGUCGUCGAGACGCAGCCACGAAGGUGGAAUCGUUUUCGAUCGACUCAAGAUCCUGCACUGGGACGAGGGUGGUGGAUCCGGCGCCGGUGGUUACAAAUUCUGGUACAAACUUAGACUCGCGAUGCCGCCAGUUCGACCUCCUAGUUGUGAAUCCGGUUGCCAAUCUGUCGCUAUGAUAGUUCAAGCCAAUGGAAAAUCCAGUCAACAAAAAGCGCAUUCGCGAGAGAGUCUCGAAGUUCUCGUUUAGAGGAUCCACCAAAACUCCUCCUUCGAACUCAGGGAUUUGGAAUCCCGAGAGCUCAAGCGCUAGUCUAAGUUCUUUGGAAUUCGAAGUCGAUGAAAUAGUUAACGACGAGCAAAAUUUCCCCCAACUUGGAAAAUUCAAAGGCAUUUAUUAUAAUAAAUUAUUAUAAUAAUAUAAUUAUAGUAAUAAUCUCAUAAUAAUAAUAUUAUUAUAAUACAUUAUAUUAUAUUUUUACUUUUUUAUUUUUAAAUAUUUAUUUUUCAAAUAUUUAAUUUUAAAAAAAUCUAAUUUUUUCCAAAACUUCUCCAAGAAACUUUGAUACUGAAGAAUCUGCUUUUCUUGAAAUAUGGAAUUUUCAAGAAAGCUCAGGGUAUUUUUUCGGAAGAAAAGUUUUAGAGCUUCUAGGAGAAAUUUGUAUUUUCAAUGCUUCUUUUUUCAAAUAAAAUUCGAGGGAAUUACAGUUUUUCACCUUACAAUUAUUUGAUAUUUAUUUUUAUAAUUGAAGCUCUCUUGUAAAGUUGUAAGAUUUAUUUAGAAGUCAAAAUAGAAGAAAGGACAUACAAACUUGCAAGACCAGACUUGCAAAUUUUAUUGAUAUUCAACAUUUUGAUUUGGAACAUAAACCACUUCUUUGACAAGAGGAUUUUCAAUUUGUAAAAAUACAUAUAUCACUAAUUGUAAGAACUUGGCAUCCCAAAGACAAGCGCAUUUAUCAAGGCUGCAUUAGGUCUCUAUUAGGAAUCCUGUAAAAAGAUAUCGAAUAGAAACGGAUAGACUUUGUAAGGAGUUUUUGUUCUCGAUGAUAUUCUGCUGUUUGUACAGAAAAGAACUAUAUGCGAGAAGGACACGUCCCGGGUAAAAGUCUCCCAUUAGAAAAAUUAGGAAAAGAACCAGUUUUAUUUUAUUCCCAUUAAAUUGGAUCGCUAUAAAAUAAUAAUUUUUUUUUGUUUUGCUUCCUAGUCUUUUUAUGAAAUUGGAAAUCGAUGGGCUCGACGAUACUCGACACGGAGGUCACUGCCGAUUUUAGAAUCCUAGAAAGUAUGUUAAAUUUCCUACUGAUUUUUUAUACUGUGAAGCACUGCCAAAACUUCUUUGUCGAGUGAACGUCCAUCGAAUAUCAAAAUGUAUUUUACCGGACCACCUGGGAACGAUCGAUUGAAUAAAAUAUUACGUGUCUUCCUUCUCGUUCGCACACAGCCCUAUGUGAAAGGGCGAAAAUGCUAGUGUUUCGUUUUAUAUAAAUAUAUAAAUAUAUAUAAUAUCUUUUUCACAAGUUUUGUACAUAUCUAUAAUAGCAGCGCACAAAGGUGCCAUUAUUUAUUUAGUUAGAGCUAUUAUUUAUGUUGCAAGUGUAUGUCAUUGAAGUCGAAAAAAUGAGAUCGCAAAAAUGAAUUUACGAUUUUCUCCAAUGUGUUGUUGAUAUUUUUUCCAGCGAUGAUAAUGAUGAUGUUGAUGAUAAUGAUGAUGAUGAUGAUGAUGAUGAUGAUGAUGAUGAUGAUGAUGAUGAUGAUGAUGAUGAUGAUGAUGAUGAUGAUGAUGAUGAUGAUGAUGAUGAUGAUGAUGAUUUUACCAUUCGACUUCUCAGAAUAUUUCCAUUUUUGAAUAGUGUUUUAGCCGCAAUUUAUAUAGAUAUAUAUUUUUACCCGUUUUUCCAUUUUAAUUCGAAAUCGCAACCUAUAUUGUAUUGUACUGUAAAACUGUCUUAUUGUAACUGCAGCGUAGCCGUAUGUAAUUGUAUCCAUAGAAAUGAUAUGUAUGUUUAAUAUACAUGUAUAAUAAUAUUAAGUUUAAGUUAAUGUAGGAAAUGUUAAAGCGGUGAGCUUAAGUUUAAUGAUACGGUAAUCUCUUUACUGUCAGUAUUACGAUACACUAGUAUACUUGUCUCGCGACCUGUCGCUCGUAGAUUGUCCUAACGAGCACUAUUGCGAGCUAAGUAAGCAGAGUAUAGUUUAGCUCUAUUAUUUAAACCCUCCCUUCUCUUUCUACGGUAGAUCUGAACGCGAAUUCUUCGCAUUAAUGAUAUGUAUGUACGUAUGUAUGUAUGCGGAUUUUUUUUACGUACACUGCGCAUAAUAAAAAGGACGCACGUACAAGACAUUUUUUAUGGAUCAAACUCAACUGUGUCCGAUUGCAUAUUUAUUGGAAAUAAAC